AUGAAAAAGCUCUGCAAUCUGAUCAACACUGACGAUGUUUCAAUAAGUGAAAAGUUCGAGUUUUCUGCAUGUUCCCUCGCAUUUUGCUACAAGAAGCGGUCUAGAUAUGUUGCUUUGAGUAAUCGAGAAUCAUUGUCUGACUCCUUGCAGAUGGCGAGGCGAUCAACCGCGAGCCUCAUAUUAAUCUGUUCUAUACUCUCACUAAUAACCAAUUUCCCUUCCGGUUACACAAACGCCACGAUCAACACGGCAGUUGCAUCCGUUGAACGGUAUAUUCGCGAUUCCUAUAACAUUAGAGGCUAUAAUAUUAGUGAAGAUGUAGUGGCUAUUGUAAAGGGUAUUAUUAUCAACUGUUGGUUCAUUAUGAUGGUAUUCGGUGCAGCAGUUACACCCUAUGUGACGGACACGUACGGAAGGAAAAUAGGAUAUAUAAUAGCUACUGGUGUUGCCGUUGCUGCUACCAUAAUCCAGUACUUGUCGGUCUUAUUUCAUGUUCCGGAAACAUUCGUGAUUGGUCGGUCGCUGACGGCAUUCUGCAGUCCAUUAGCAGACGCAUGUCUUCUGCUUUAUCUGCAGGCGCUCGUAAAGUUAUCAGACCAUAAAAUUCAUCACUGGAUGAGCUGCAAGGAAGCGAAGGGCGAAGAGACGUUGUUAGCCUAG